AUGGAGAAAACGAGUGACGCCACUUUAGAGAGUCCAAGUCGUGGAAAUGACCGGCGAAUUCUGAUCAUUUUAAGUGUCUUCAUCUGCUUUGUUGCUGUUGUCAUUUUGGUUGUUGCUGCUAUAAUGUUAUCAUUGAUAAUAUCUCGAAUUGACAAUGAUAAUGAUGAUGAUGCUAAAGUAUCAGAACUUGACGCCGCGGUGCAGGGUAAGCACACGUUACAACUUUUAAAAGUCCGGCUGUCUACUCUUAAAACUCUCAACUAGCGAUCAAAAGCUUUUUAAACUCACACUAUCAUGUCCCAGUAUAGUCCACUCUUUUUUAAGAGUCUUUUGCGUGCGCUUGUCUUGCAGUAGGUAUCCCAGCUAGGAUAGAUAUAAAAGAGAAAUUUGUUCCCCGAGAAAUUUUAAGUUUGGUUUUCAUUUUCUUUCCUAAUCAAGGGGACACACAUCGACUUCUUUUUCCUGUAAAAUAACUAUUAGAAGGGGCAAAUAUUAUCUCUAAUUUCUAAGCGCGAGAAAAACUAGAAAUUUCCGGAUAACAAUUUCAUUCGUAUCAGAUAUUUGGAGUUCUUCUACUGAAGUAGCUACGAUUUUUGGAGUUUGUGUUCUUCAUAUUUAUUGCCAAGAUAUUGAGAUUGUUGUUAUAAAAAAGGUUUCCUAAAAAUUCUGGUGUCGACUCAAAACAUCCCCCAGAUAUGAAUCUUCUUACGUAAUAAAGUAUGGCUACUCUACUUCCUGGAACUCAUCACCGUAAAACGAAAAGCCAACUCAAGCUUUCGAUGCGGCCCACGUUUCUCUAAGACAUCCGAACAGAUAUAAACAGCCGUUUUAGGGCAGCUCGGCUGCAAAUAAACUAAGCCUCUGUACGUUUGGGUGGGGCCGCUUCCGAUCUAUAGCCAUUUAUUUUACGAUUUGCACUGAUUUAGUUUUUCUACUUAAGCUUUCAAUCAGCUUUCUUUCCCUGCUUUUACCAAAUUACAAAGUCUCGAUACAAAUUACGGCGGCUGCUAAACUGGAUUGAAUAAUUUGCAAUUUUUGGCUUAGAAUUGUUAUUAAGCCGGCAAUCAUCACAGAUAAAAACAACCGAGCUGCAGUUUAUGUUAGAAGGUCCCUGACCGUGUACACCCCAUUGCUUUAAUUUUUUGUUGACAAAUUGUGACUCCAUAAAGUAAUGCGAUGUUUUUAUUGGUCAGUAAGAUCAAAAUAAUGGGAAAGCUAUUUAUUGAACGCUGUGCACAGUAAAGCCUAAAAACGUUAAUACAUAAAACAUUAACACAGGACUUUUUUUGACGACCUUCAUUAAGAUUGCACUUUAUGAUUUAUGUAAGAUUGCAUAAUCGUUAAAGCUGUCCACAUCAUGCUCAAUGUUUUAUACUAUCAAUGCUGAUUCUCAAUGCUCAACAAAUCCAACUCAUUAUUAUGCUCAGAAAUAAAUAGCAAUGUAAUUUAAUUUUUAUCAUCAUUGUUUAAAUAUAAUUUAGCAAAUUUCAUUACAAAAGAAACAGGCAACAUGACAGCAAUAUGUAUUACAACAGUGCUUUCGUAAGUAAAAAAACGUAAGCAAAACAAAAAAUAAAUAAAUAAAAUAUAUGAUAUGCACUAUAAUGAUAACACUGUUUACAAUUUCAAAAACUGAGUUAUUGAUCUUAGCUAAAAACACCAUUAUGCUCCAUAACGAAAACGAAGCAGCGAAAGUGAUGAGCUGAUACAUUCACAGAGGAUUCAAAGGAUUCUUUCUCGCCAGCAUCGAUCGUUCUGACAGAUAGCAAUUCACGGUAUACCAAGCCCACUUCGCAACAACAAAGACUAGUGCGUGGGUGAUCAGAAAUUUUGUAUCCAACCGGGCACAAUUCAGCUCGCACAACCGUCGUCCUCAGUCAGACAAGUCUCAGUGAUCGCAGCAUGGUCAGCCUUACUCUAUUACGCAUGGGCUAUCAUCAGGCAUCUGUAUGCUCAAGAUCUUACAUCCUUAUAACGAACGUAGAAGCUGAGGGCUUAAAUAAAAUGCUUCUUGCAAUCAGCUGUGAAGAAUGACUAUCUGAAAUGCAAACCAAGCAAGAGGUUAUUUUAAGUGGGAUCCAUCACACGAUAUGCAUGGUUAACUCACUUAAUUAAUUUGUAACAAUGCUUUGAGAAUGCCUGGGACCAACAAGAACAACAGAAAGGAAUUUUUUAAGUACAUUGUAUAAAUUUGACAUCCCUGAACAUAUUAUUUGAUAUUAUUUGUAGUGGCAGUGGAAACAAGUUGACAAAAGUGAACGAUGGAGAAAGUGAGUGAGGCCACUUUAGAGAGUCCAAGUCGUGGAAAUGACCGGCGAAUUCUGAUCAUUUUAAGUGUCUUCAUCUCCUUUGUUGCUGUUGUCAUUUUGGUUGUUGCUGCUAUAAUGUUAUCAUUGAUAAUAUCUCGAAUUGACAAUGAUAAUGAUGAUGAUGCUAAAGUAUCAAAACUUGAGGCCGUAGUGAAGGGUAAGCACACGUUACAACUUCUUCAAGUCCGGCCCUGUACUCGUAAAACCCUCAACUAGCGAUCAAAAGCUUUUUAAACUCACACUAUAUCAUGUCCUAGUAUAGUCCACUCUUUUUCAAGAGUCUGUGCGCUUGUCUUGCAGUAGGUAUCCCAGCUAGGAUAAGUAUAAAUAACAAAUUUGUUCCCUGAGAAAUUUCAAGUUUUGUUUUCAAUUCCUUUCCUAAUCAAGGGGUCACACAUCGACCUUUUUCCUGUAAUAUAACUAUUAGAAGGAGCAAAUAUUAUCGCUAAUUUCUAAGCGCGAGAAAAACUAGAAAUUUCCGGAUAACAAUUUCAUUCGUAUCAGAUAUUUGGAGUUCUUCUACUGCAAUAACUACGAUUUUUGGAGUUUUUGUUUUUCACAUUUAUUACCAAGAUACUGAGAUUAUUGUUAUAAAAGAGGUCUCCUGAAAAUUCUGGUGUUGACUCAAAACACCCCCCAGAUAUGAAUCUUCUUAAGUAAUAAAGUAUGGCUAUAUAGCUACUCUAUGUCCUGGAACUCAUCACCGUAAAACGAAAAGCCAACUCAAGCUUUCGAUGCGGCCCACGUUUCUCUAAGACAUCCGAACAGAUAUAAACAGCCGUUUUAGAGCAGCUCGGCUGCAAGCGGCCGCUUCCGAUCUAUAGCCAUUUAUUCUACGAUUUGCAGUGAUUUAGUUUUUCUGCUUAAGCUUUCAAUCAGCUUUCUUUGCCUGCUUCUACCAAAUUAAAAAGUCUGGAUACGAAUUACGGCGGCUGCUAGACUGGAUUGAAUAAUUUGCAAUUUUUGGCUUAGAAUUGUUAUUAAGCCGGCAAUCAUCACAGAUGAAAACAACCGAGCUGCAGUUUAUGUCGGAAGGUCCCUGACCGUGUACACCCCAAUUUUUUUUGCUUCAUUUUUUUUUUUUUUCACAAAUUGUGACUCCAUUAAGUGAUGCGAUGUUUCUACUGGUCAGUAAGAUCAAAAUAAUGGGAAAGCUAUUUAAUCGAACGCUGUGCACAGUAAAGCCUAAAAACGUUAUUACAAAAAACAUUAACACAGUACUUUUUUGACGACCUUCAUUAAGAUUGCACUUUAUGAUUUAUGUACCAUUGCAUAAUCGUUAAACCUGUCCACAUUAAAUGCUCAAUGUUUCAUACUAUCAAUGCUGAUUCUCAAUGCUCAACAAGUGCAACUCAGUAUUAUGCUCAGAAAUAAAUAGCAAUAUAAUUUAAUUUUUAUCAUCAUUGUUUAAAUAAUUUAGCAAAUUUUAUUACAAAAGAAACAGGCAACAUGUAUUACAACAGUGCUUUCGUAAGUAAAAAACGAAAGCAAAACAAAAAAAUAAAUAACAUAUAUGAUAUGAACUAUAAUGAUAACCCUGUUUGCAAUUUCAAAAACUAAGUUAUUGAUCUUAACUAAAAGCACCGGUAUAUUCCAUAACUACUGCAGGAGCCGCACUAGUAAUACAUUUCUCGCAAACCCUCAGUGCGAAACCCGGCUUAAUAUGAUCCCACUCGAGUCAAGCAUUGACGGGCAAGGUUGGAGACUGGAUGGGUGCCUCGUGUAUCGUGAAGACCCCUUCAAGCUUCUUUCUUUCCUUUGUUCUAAUGUUUUCUUUUGCAAGUGAUCUUUAUUUUUUUGUCCUUUUUUUGUUCUUAACUAUGCAUUGGAAAGCAUAUUUGGCAGUAUUUCGUCCACCAGAUGGAGUACUUAUGCCCAGAGAAGCAAACUCACCUGUGAAGUGGAGAGGGACAAUUUAACUGACAACUUUCGACUUAAAUCGCUCUUAUUUCGCUCUUUUAUUCGUUAGUCCGAAUCGUUUCAAUUCUCUCUUUAGAAAAGUUUUAUCGUCAAAGUUCAUUGCCUAAAGUACUUUUUGAUCGCCGCAGAAACAACGGACCAAGUUAUUUAUUUUUCUAUUUGAUGACGUCAUUGCAGACUGCUACAGAUAUAUACUGACUGAUGCAGCCAACAGACCACGUCCGGGUACAAAAAACUCAUGAGGCCUAAUGCAAAACCUUUCUUGUGAAAAUGAGUUUUAUUUCCGCGAGGAUGAAAAAUCAUUUCCAUAAGAAAGGACGAGCACUUAACCUCGUUUUGAUACAGAGGCCCGAGGGAACUCGGAAAUGGCCUACUCUCCGGCUUCUGUCUCGCUAUACGAUCCACUCGCCAGGCACCUUCCACGCGUGACACUGUCUUUCACCAAACCCUCUCCCCCCCCCCCCCAAAAAAAAACAUUAAACAAUUGUUUCAGAAUAUUCAUGGAAGGACUGCGUACUCCUUAGAACAUCUGCCAAAUAAAAACAUAUGCAAAAUUUGGGGGUCAAAAUAGAGUAAGACUGUCAAUUUCGACAAAAUUACAAAACCUUGGUAACGCGCCGGUUGUAGAGUAUAUAAAGGUCAUUUUCAAAACGAAUGACUGAUAAAUACUUUUCUAAAAUUAACGUCCAAAACGUAGAAAAUUUGUCUGAACUAAGUCCAGCCUUCAGUUCAUGAAUAAUAUACACACUUUUUGAAGAAACUUCAAGAUCUCUCAAAAUUCCUCUUAUAGAUUUUUGCACGACAGUGGACAAACACCCAAAGUAUAGGUAGCGUCAAGCAUUUCUAAAGAAAAUGACGAUGAGGGCUGAAAUUCGAUUUAGAGCUUAAACUUUUGUGACGUCAUUGUAACGUUAUUUUUAUUCCGAUCGCCCAAAAAAUGAUAUCAUAAUAUAGGUUAGUCUAUGUGUAAUAUAUGUGUUAUAAUGGUUUUACAAUAAAGAUAAGUUUGUUUAAGUCUAAGAGAUUCAAAAAAGGGAGGUGUAAUACAAAAAUACUGGGUGGAUUGGCCUGGGCAAAGGGUUCAAGUGUUUUUUUCUCGGAUCAGAGAAUGACCCGGGGCAGGUUUUCCCAUAUAAAUGGGGCCUCAAGGCCCUUCUGGCAAUCCAGGUGACACAAGAGAUAUUAGCAGUAGCAUGCUUACGGCCAAAAAGGGAAGAAAAGCCAAAAUGAAAAUAAGCGACCAUUUCCCUAAACAGCUAAGAGACCUUUUCCAUUUUCUUAGUUUCUUUUUCUAUGUGCAUAUUUUAUUAUCGGCUAUAAUGGUACCCUAAAACUUGAAAUCAGUUUAAAAUUUGAACGUAACUGUGCUUACAAUUAAACCACGAUCGCUAGCAAUGUACAAUGCUAUUCGGAAACAUUUUGUCUUUUUCUGAGAUAUAGACUAGUGUGAAAUCAGCAUCCAUUCACGUGAUGUGAAUGCGUUUUGUAACAAUACCAUUGGAUCUUACAACUGCACUUGCAAUCCUGGGUACUUUGGAAAUGGAGAAGGGUGUCUUGGUAAUUGUGCUUUCGUACUGAAAUAAAAGUUUUAAGUUAAACCUUAAACUAAACGUCUUGCAGAGUUUAUCACAAGCCAGUACCCGUCCUUUAUUCCUGUUGCCUUUACUAGCUUUGAUCCUGAUAUCCAGCAAACCCGUUGAAUUCUCUGCUUGCGAUAAAAAAUAAUUGCUUAAAAGGAGCUUAAAAAGUUGGAACUCUUUUAUGUUACAUAAUCCUGAUGACCAAGCAAAGAGAAACAUUAAAAUUCAAGUACAGAAUGCUCAGUAUGUUGUUAAGUUCUGCCUCCUUUCCGUAUGUCAAAAAUUAAACCCUUUUCUUCUCCAUCUUUUCAGAUAUUAAUGAGUGUAUGACCAACGUCCAUAACUGCGAUGUCAAUGCUUUCUGUAAUAACACUGAGGGAUCUUACAACUGCACUUGUAUCUCUGGAUACACAGGAAAUGGAACAUCAUGCACCGGUAAAACAUCAAGCCAAAUGCAUUUUUAAAUGACCGUAUCAGGCAUCCUUGUUCAGACUGCAGGCUAAAUCAAGUUUCUACUGCGGCAAUAGCAAUAUUUGUUUGGAUCUGUUUAAAUAUUUUAUCUUGAUACUUUUUAAUAAUCCUCUCUUUUCAGAUAUAAACGAGUGUACAGCCAUCGCCCAUAACUGUCACGUCAAUGCUUUCUGCAAUAACACUGAGGGAUCUCAUAAUUGCACAUGCAGCCCCGGAUACACAGGAAAUGGAACAUCAUGCCGAGGUAAAUUAUCAAGCUAAUUUCAUUUUAUAGUGACUAUAUCCCUAGUCUGACUGGGGAACUAUACAAUUAAGUUUCUGCUGCGAUAUUUGCAAUAUUUUGGGGGUUUGUUUUGUGUUAUCUACUUUCUUAAUACUUGUCUCUUUUCAGAUAUUAACGAGUGUACAGCCAUCGCCCAUAACUGUGAUGUCAAUGCUUUCUGUAAUAACACUGAUGGAUCUCAUAACUGCACAUGCAGCUCUGGAUACACUGGAAAUGGAACAUCAUGCACCGGUAAAUCAUAAGCUAUACCCAGUGCAUUUAACACUAUAUGAUCUGCGCGAUACGGAAGCCGCCCAUCAAUAGCGUGCUUCUAAGUUAAGCUAUAAUUUGAACUGUAGCCCCUUUGAGUUAUCGAUACAGCAAAAUAUAACUCACUUAUCAUAAACUUUCAUCGAAAAAUGGCGAAAACAAAAAGACGUUACUUAAGUUAGUCCGAAACUGAACUAUAAUGGAAGAUUUUCAAUGUAACUUUAAAAGUUUCUAGGAUUUUCCUGUUGCGUUAUUAGCAAUUGUAUUUGUGCUUGGUUUGGCCGGGUUUGUUUUGUUCUAUCCUACGACGUUCUUACUCUUUCUUACUAACUUGUGUUUGGUUUGGUUUGGUUUGUUUUAUCUUGGUUAUACUUUCUUACUAAUUCUCUCCUUUCAGAUAUAAACGAGUGCACCACUAACGUCCAUAACUGUGAUGCCAAUGCUUUCUGUAAUAACACUGAUGGAUCUCAUAACUGCACAUGCAGCUCUGGAUACACUGGAAAUGGAACAUCAUGCCGUGGUAAAUUAUCAAGCCAAAUGUAUUUUAGGGCGGGGCUAUGCCACCACACACUGAAAACAUAAGAUCUAAGGGCCAAUCAAAUUGGCAUAUAUUUUAACAUCAAAAUGUCAAAUUAUGGCGUCACACUUUCUGACGUCUUUCAUUCGGUGAAUCUUAAACUUUGGAAUCUCCCAAUUUUUUUAUAACAAUUUUGAAAGAACUCUUAAAAGGAAGUUGAAAGCUGAUAAAUUUUGUCCAAUAUCUCAAAUAUGAGCUGAGAUAUUUCAUUUUGAAUUUGGAUAAUUUCGUAAAUUCAAGCGUUUUGUUGCCGUGUCACACCAUUGCUAUUUAAGGUAAACAUGACAGAUCAAAUUCGUGUUGAAAAAGUAAAUUCCUAACUGCGCAAAAACCAAGAAAAUAGUUUUGUGACGCCAUAAAAGGUCACGUGAUCAGUUUUUUUUAAAAAAGUAAAUUUGCUUAAAUUAGCGUUUUUAAGUCAAAAAAUGAACAUCUCAAAUAAAGGAGGAUAUUGCCAUCUUCCCGCCACAUGGCACGCAUUGUUGUCAAGAUUGGGUUAUUUAGAAUGUUUAAAGUAUAAUGACUAUAAUGGAGUGGAUUUCUGUCUCAGUUCUCAAUCGACUCAUCCUUUGAUUACCAAAAUGAAUAAUUCAAAAACACCGGACCAUGCAUACAACAGAUAAGCAGCGACACAUGACAAAAGAAAAGUCGCACGGUCAAAACUUACUGAAAACAGGACAAGUUAAUCAAGAAACAUUCUUUCCUCCCAAUAAGGCGCAAGGCACGCUUGGAAUAUUGUAAUAUCCUCCUUUAUCUGAAAUGAUACGAUUUUGGGCAACUAUAAAAGGUUACCGAAACAUCAGCUUAUUUUUCAAAAAGGUAAAGCAUCAAUCAAAAGGAUUUUUUUUAAGAAAAAGUAUGGUUCGGCAGGUUGCACUAAAAUAUUUUCAAAUUCCCAUAACUCGAGUUUUACGUCUCGGAGCGAGAAACGUGUUUCCAGCGCUUUACUCUCCUUUCUAAUUCUCUUUCAGAUGAUGUAAGUUUGAUAUUGAGAUUAAAAAACUCAUUCAACCUAUUUGGUGACGUAAGCCCGUUGUGAGGUCAUAAUUUGACGUUUUGCGUCAAACGAAAACUUCAGUAAAAUUUCCUGGUCUACAAUCGAAGUAUAUCUGGCAAGUUGGGUCAAGAAAUGAAAAGAAAUGUAAAAGAUACGUAAAUGCAGCCUAAAUGAUAAUUUUGAACGACUGUUUAGCCCCACUGUGUUUAGAAUUUCCAUAUCAGGCAUCCUUGCUCAGACUGCUGGCUAAAUUAGGUUUAUGCUGCGAUUUAGCAUAGGGGGGUCGGGGGAGUGAGCGACAAUAUCUUUAAAUCUACUUAUUAAAAUGUGGCGAAAUUUGGUAGAAAUCCUGUUCAUAUCACACUCAAGUUAAUGAAAGCGUCAAAAUAUCUUUUGAACAAAGGAGUUUUGUGAUUAAUUAAGAUUUCCAUGAAAGCAAUUCUCCUGAAGAAAUGAUCAGGAUUAGGGCGCCAACCUCAACAACAAGCGCUGGUAGUGCCUUACGGUGAAAUGCCAAGAAAAGGCCCAAAGUAACCACACCUAGACCUCGCUGACGUUUUCUUAUCGUGCAAAGUCUCCGCCCAAACGGAUAAAAAUUGAAAAAGAGAGGCCACUUUUUCAUGACAGCUAACCCGGAGAGCAAAGACAUUCCGAUCGUUAAUUCUCAGACGCCAGGUUUACGAUCAGUGCAUCUUACCAAUAGUCACCUACCGAUCUGAGACCUGGAAUCUUUCAAAACAACAAACCUUAAAACCUUGAACUAUGUGGAGAGUCCACGAAAGAAUCAAGCUAAACAUCACAUGGCGAGAUCGUUAAACAGCUCAAUGGAUCCGAGAAAAAAACCAAUGUACGAGAUAUCACGGAAACGAUAAGCAAACUCAAAUGGAAUUGGGCUGGUUAUGAGGCGAGAGGAACAGACAACCGUUGGACAACCCGCACCAUGUUCUGGACUCCACGAGGGUACACAAGGAACCGAAGAAGGCCAAGGAGGAGAUGGAGGGACGAUUAAGAUAGUUUUUUUACAACGCUGGCAUAGUGUUGCGCGCUAGGUGGUCUAGUGGGGGUCAAUGGGGAAGCCUACGUCCAACGACGGACAUUCAACGGCUGAAACUGAACUAAACUGAUAUCAGUCGUCCCUGUUUAUGCAGACCGCAGGCUUUAUUAAGGCUCUAAAGCGAUAUUAGCAAUGCUAGCUAUAUUUUUUUGGGAUUUGUUUACAUGUUUUAUCUUGAUACAUUUUUUUAAAUAAUUCCUACCUUUUAGAUAUAAACGAGUGCACAACCAGCGUCCAUAACUGCGAUGCUGAUGCUAUCUGCAAUAACACUGAGGGAUCCUUCUGAAAGCGUCGUAAUCAAAUAGAGUUACUGACAAUGAAAUGCAUACAUUCAACACUUUCAGAAUAACUCAGCGAGUUUGACUUGUGGAGAAUCUAAACUUUAAUAUUUUGAUUUCGUUUUUCACUAUUUAAAAUAACUUUUGCAGUUUUUUGAAGGUUUAGGUCAAGUAAAAAAAUUCUGAUCAGACUUACAAAACUACGCAUUUCUUGUCAAGAUACCUUUAGAAACUAAAACAACAGUCGGCUGCAACAUUUUUUUAACUAUGACUAUGAGUAUCUUGUUGAAAACAAGUUGGCCCUCGUAAGACAGAAUCGCUUUGAUUUAAGCUUAAUACCGGCUAUGAAAAAAUGUAUCAUAUGGCCUUGGUAAUUGUCCUUUCGUACUGACUUCAUCACUGGCACAAGCUAGUACCGCGGGACGGGAUGGAGCGAUUUGGAAGUGGUCGUCCCUUAUUCCUGUUGCCUUUAUUAGCUUUGAUUCUGAUAUCCAGUAAACCCCUUGAAUUCUCUGCUCGCGCUAAAAAAAUUGCUUGAAAGCAGCUACAAAAGUUGAAACUCUUUUAUGUUUCAUAAUCCUGAUGACCAAGGAAAGAGAAACACUAAAUUUCAAGUACAGCAUGCUCAGUGCUGCCUCCUUUCUGUUUGUCGAAAAUAAACCCGGCCCUUGUCUUCUCCAUCUUUUCAGAUAUUAAUGAGUGUAUGACCAACGUCCAUAACUGCGAUGUCAAUGCUUUCUGUAACGACACUGAUGGAUCUUACAACUGCACUUGUAUCUCUGGAUUCACUGGAAAUGGAACAUCAUGCACCGGUAAAUCAUCAAGCCAAAUGCAUUUUAAAUGACCAUAUCAGGCAUCCCUGAUCGCAGACUGUAGGCUAAAUUAGGUUUCUACUGCGGUAUUAGCAAUAUUUGUUUAGAUAAAUGUUUUAUCUUGAUACUUUUUAAUAAUCCUCUCUUUUCAGAUAUAAACGAGUGUACAACCAUCGCGCAUAACUGUGAUGUCAAUGCUUUCUGUAAUAACACUGAUGGUUCUUAUAACUGCACAUGCAGCCCCGGAUACACUGGAAAUGGAACAUCAUGCCGUGGUAAAUUAUCAAGCUAAUUGCAUUUUAAAGUGACUAUAUCCCUAUUCUGAUUGGGGAACUAAAUUAAGUUUCUGCUGCGAUAUUAGCAAUAUUUUGGGGGGUUGUUUUGUUUUAUCUAAAUACUUUCUUAUUCCUUUCUCUUUUCAGAUAUUAACGAGUGUACAACCAUCGCCCAUAAUAACUGUGAUGUCAAUGCUUUCUGUAAUAACACUGAUGGAUCGUAUAACUGCACAUGCAGCUCUGGAUACACUGGAAAUGGAACAUCAUGCACUGGUAAAUCAUAAGUUAUACCCAGCGCAUUUAACACUAUAUGAUCUGCUCGAUACGGAAGCCGCCCAUUAAUAGGGUGCUUCUAACAUUAGCAGUGAUUUGAAACUGUAGCCCCGUCGAGUUAUCAAUACGGCAAAAAAGAACCUCACUUAACCUAAAAUUCUUCGCAAAAUGGCCAAAACAGAAAGAUUUUAUUUAAGUAAGUCAAAACUGAACUACAAAGGAAGAUUUUUAACUUUAAAAGUUUCUAGUUCUUUUUUAUUACGUUAUUAGCGAUGUUUGUUUUGUUUUAUCUUAGUUAUACUUUCUUACUAAUUCUCUCCUUUCAGAUAUAAACGAGUGCACCACUAACGUCCAUAACUGUGAUGUCAAUUCUUUCUGUAAUAACACUGAUGGAUCUUACAACUGCACUUGUAUCUCUGGAUACACUGGAAAUGGAACAUCAUGCAACGGUAAUCAUCAAGCCAAAUGAAUUUUAAAUAGCCAUAUCAGGCAUCCCUGUUCAGACUACAGGCUAAAUUAGGUUUCUAUCGCGCUAUAAGCAACAUUUGUUAGGAGCUGUUUAAAUGUUUUAUCUUAAUACUUUUUAAUAAUCCCCUCCUUUCAGAUAUAAACGAGUGUACAACCAUCGCGCAUAACUGUGAUGUCAAUGCUUUCUGUAAUAACACUGAUGGAUCGUAUAACUGCACAUGCAGCUCUGGAUACACUGGAAAUGGAACAUCAUGCCGUGGUAAAUUAACAAGCUAAUUGCAUUUUAAAGUCCAUAUCCCUAUUACGACUGGGGAACUAAAUUAAGUUUCUCCUGCAAUAUUAGCAAUAUUUUGGGAGUUUGUUUUGUUUUAUCUAAAUACUAUCGUAGUUAAUACCUCUCUGUUUUCAGAUAUUAAUGAGUGUACAACCAACGUCCAUAACUGUGAUGUCAAUGCCUUCUGUAAUAACACUGAUGGAUCUCAUAACUGCACAUGCAGCUCUGGAUACACUGGAAAUGGAACAUCAUGCCGUGGUAAAUUAACAAUUAACGGGGCUGUGUCACGGCAGUCCUAUUCAUUUUGUAAUUACUCGAUUACUUGAAUUACUCGCCCUCAAUCGCUAUGGAACUUAAAGUAAGCAAAGAAAUUACAUGUUACAUGUAAAUGACAAAUCAGAGAUCCGAGACAAACAAAUAUGUCUCCUGAGCAUUAUUUUUGAAGUUGCAAGCAGUAGGGAUCAACUUUGGAAAACUGUACAUGUUAGGCUGAACAGUUUGCAAAAAUCCUAAUUUCAAUCCGUUUCAACCUUCUUCAGUUUUGCCCAUCCGUGGCAUCUGUUGUUUCUGUUAUGUUAUUUUAACCUUCCUUUAAAGUUUUAAGCGGUUAUUUUUAUGUUUCUCUUAAUUUAACGGGCAUUUUGUAAUUUCCUAAUUUGGCUGAAUUUUGUGACACAGCGCCUUUAAGCUAAUUGCAUUUUAAAGACCAUAACCCUAUUAUGACUGGGGAACUAAAUUACGUUUCUGCUGCGAUAUUUGCAAUACUGACAUUUUGGGGGUUUGUUUUGUGUUAUCUACUUUCUUAUACUUUUCUCUUUUCAGAUAUUAACGAGUGUACAACCAUCGCCCAUAACUGUGAUGUCAAUGCUUUCUGUAAUAACACUGAUGGAUCGUAUAACUGCACAUGCAGCUCUGGAUACACUGGAAAUGGAACAUCAUGCACUGGUAAAUCAUAAGCUAUACCCAGUGCAUUUAACACUAUAUAAUCUGCACGAUACGGAAGCCGCCCAUCAAUGGUGCUUCUAACAUUAACAGUGAUUUGAACUGUAGCCCAGUCGAGUUAUCAAAUGAAUACGGCAAAAAAUAACCUCACUUAUCCUAAAAUUCUUCGCAAAAUGGCGAAAACAGAACGAUGUUAUUUAAGUAAGUUCAAAACUGAACUACAAAGGAAAAUUUUUAACUUAAAAGUUUCUAGUACUUUUUUAUUACGUUAUUAGUGAUGUUUGUUUUGUUUUACUUUUCUUUUUACAGAUAUUAAUGAGUGUACAACCAACGUCCAUAACUGUGAUGUUAAUGCUUUCUGUAAUAACACUGAUGGAUCUCAUAACUGCACAUGCAGCUCUGGAUACACUGGAAAUGGAACAUCAUGCCGUGGUAAAUUAUCAAGCCAAAUGCAUUUUAGGGCGGGGCUUUACCACCACACAGAUUGCUCGAUCUUCAAAGCGUGGAAACUUUGGUUAAUUUUUGUCUGA